AUGAAUGCCAUGAUAGUACCUUGGAGGGAUGGAUCACGUGUAUGGAGAAAGACGCUAGAAUGUAGAGAUUCCAUAGAACAUCAAAUAGCAUGGCAGCCAAAAAUGGGAUCAUCUUUAUUCUUGUUUGAGAAUUGGACAGGUCUGGGAGCAUUGUAUUUUGUCACUCCACCAGAUUUCUUUUGUGAUCAAUCCAUUCAGAAUAUGUAUGAAGUGAUGCAAGGGAAUAGGUGGAACACAGCAUCAUUGUAUCAAUUGCUACCUGAAGACUUGGCUGGGUAUAUUCUGAAUAAUGUGAAGCCUCCAAUGCAGGAUGGAAUUCUGGAUAAACCUAUAUGGAUGCUUGACCCAAGAGGUGAGUUUAGUGUGAGGAGACUGGGGUAUUUAAUGGCAUCAAAAUGUUGGUGUUGUGUGCUUGCACAAGAAGAGACAAUGUCUCAUUUGUUUUUCACUUCAUAUGCUGCCAGAAAAGUGUGGAAGUACUUUCUAUCAGCUGCAGGAAUAAAUGUGGAAAGACUAACAUUUCAUCAAGCUAUUGUGAAAUGCUGGACUAUGAAAGUUGUACCAAGAUUGCAGCCAAUUCUUCAAGCACUGCAUUCGAUUAUCAUUUGGGAAUUAUGGAAAAGGAGAAAUGGUUACAAAUAUGGGGAGUCUGUAUCUGUUAAUAGGGUCAUGUACAAAAUUUCAACAAUGUUGCAGUAUCGAGUGAAGUUUAGAAAACCAAGCCUGCAACAUGUUCCUCACAAAUGGCCAGAUUUAGUGAUCAUGAUGGAACAGUACACUCCUAAGUUGAAAUAUACUAAGGUAUUGCGGGAAUUACCUGAGCAAGGAUGGAUAAUAUUGAUCACAGAUGGUGCAUCUAGAGGCAAUCCAGGAAGGAAUUCAUUUGGUUAUGUUCUAAGGAAUGAGGAAGGUGACAUUAUAUAUGCAUGUGGCAAAGAGAUACAAGAAGGAACAAACAUAAAAGCUGAAGUGAGGGCCAUUUUAGAAGCUAUGAAAUACUGUGUGGACAAUGACUAUAUACUCAUUGAUCUACAUACAGACUCGAUGAUGAUUAAAAAGAUGAUACAAGGCGAGUGGUCUGUACCAUGGACAAUUGCAGCAGAGGUGGAGGAGAUAAAGGAACUAAUGGAGAGAUGCAAUUUGAAGCUUUCACACACACUGAGGGAAGGCAAUUAG